AGCUCAGAGCUUCAGCUGCAGCUCCUUCAGCUCCAACACCUCAGCGCUGCUUCCACUAAGGGAGGAUUCCUAACGACGCCUUACAGUGAAUGUAAUGAGGAGAACUGAAGCACAGCUGCCGCUUUUUCCUUAGUUUUUAGUCUCGAAGUUAAGUUAGCCAGCACUAUGGACAGCUGGGACCUGUUCGAGCUGAGGACUGUAGUGUGAAGGGCGGCAAAUGUCUUCCUAUGGAACCCUGCUGAGAGCUAGACCAUGACUAAUAUGAGCUGUUUGGAGCGUCGUUUUAGACGCACGGCGCCCGUCCGCGGCAGCAGCAGGAAUGAACUGGUCACUGCUCCUCUCCACUCCAGGGUAAACGGGUGGACACUCCCUCUCCAUGUGCUCCAGCUGCUGGCUUGGCUGAUGUACAGCUUCAUGGCCAUCGUGGGCUUCGGGGUGUACAUCCCACUCCUGCCUCCACCGUGGAACUACAUCGCCUACGGGGUCAUCGGCACAGCGUUCCUCUUACACUUGCUGACUCAUCUGGCUGCGGUGACCGUAGACCCGGCUGACAAUAAUGUCCAGCUGAGGAAGGAUUACUCCAGCCCCAUGCCUGUGUUUGAUAAGAAGAAGCAGCCGCACGUCAUCCACAAUCAGCACUGCUACCUGUGUGAGGUUGACGUAGGGCCUAAAGUGAAACACUGCGGCAGCUGCAACAAGUGCAUCGCAGAUUUUGAUCACCACUGCAAAUGGCUCAACAACUGCGUAGGAAGAAAGAACUACUGGCUGUUUUUCAUGACCGUCCUCUCUGCUGUGUUUGGGGUUCUUCUCCUCGUGGUGGUCAUCCUGUUCAUCUUCAUUGAACACUUUGUGAACCCUGCUAAUCUGCGCAUGGCAGCAGCUUUUCAGAGUGUGAAGGAGAAUAGGACGUGGUUGGCCUUCCUGCCCCUGGCUCCAGUUCAGACCAGCUCUGCUAGCCUCCUCAUAUUAGCCUUCAUCACCGUCAUCGUUGCUCUGGCCUCGCUUCUAAUGCUGUGCCACUUGCUGGUCUUCCACAUAUACCUGUUAUGUAAAGGGAUGAGCACAUACGAGUACAUAAUGAAGCAACGUCAGCUACAAAGCUGCAGAGAUCAGGGGGGCGGAGCCACACAGCAGACCCGAUCUGAGGCUUCAGCACAGAGCCUUGGCCCUUUGGAUAUGUCCAUAGACUGUGAUGCACCAUUGUCCAGCAGAUCAAGUAUCUUCAAAUACAAAGACAGGGGACAGAUGUCGAGUGAACUCUCAGGAUCCAUCUGUUCCGAGAUGGAACACUUUCCUCAGGCAGCCAAUGGAGAAAAUCCUCCCAACUAUGGCUCAAAAGCUUCAUCACAAAUUAUACCAGGCGAGGCUUCGGUCAGCUGGCGUCCGAGUCAUGUGGAAAGCCCGCAGGUUCUCCAGCAGAGCAGCAGUGGCCGGCACAGUCAAGCUGAGGGACACCCCAUCGUCCAGAGCCCUCUGGGCACUUCCAUCAUAGACACCACUGUGGUCCACCAGCAGCUCAUACAAUGACUCACAGCACUGUUCAGCAGACUCCUCCGUGUCCACUGCUUGAGGUCAGAGAGCCAUCAUGUGGAGAAUCAGAGCAAUAACAUUGAUCAAAUUCAA